CUGCUGAUUCAAGAACGCUUUAUCUCAAAAAAUUUUCAUUAUAUGUAUUUUCAACUGAGAUAGACCGUUUUUAAUCGGCUGCCGGGAUACGUCGACAUUCCACUCAGCAGUCGAUAUGCGGAUUCCAAAACACAUUAAUGCAAAGCACUCAGACUUUCUUUUACUUCUAAACCAUAUCUACUCAGAGAGGAAUUUUAGUUUUCAACUGUUGCGCAAAUCGGAAAGUGUUUUAAUUUUUGGGAAUGAAAGAGCCUGAUGCUUUGCCUUAAUGCCAAUGUUGUGUGGAGAUACAGCGGAAAACUUUAGAAACAGAAAAUGUUAUUUCUCUAUAAACGUCCAAGCUAUGUGCAACGCAAGACUAAAAUUUCAAAAUAUAGUUGCGAGAUGGCCAGGAUCUACCCAUGAUAGCAUGAUAUUUUUGAAUUCAGCGGCUAAAUGGCAUUUCGACAACAACAAUUUCAACAAUGGUAUAAUUCUUGCAGAUAGCGGGUACUUCUUAAAUAAUUAUUUAAUUACACCUCUUACGGCGCCACAAUCUCCAGCCCAGCGCCUCUACAAUGAAUCCCAAAUAAGGACAAGGAAUGUGAUAGAACGUUGCUUUGGAGUAUGGAAGAGACCGUUCCCAGUGCUAAGCAUCGGCAUGAGGUGUAAAUUACCAUUAGUACAAGACAUAAUUGUGGCAUCGGCAAUAAUACACAAUCUAGCAAUCGAAAUGCAUGAAGAGGAGCCGCCAGUUGACCCCGAAGUAAAUGUUCAGGUGGAACUAACUUGCCAAAAUAUGGAGUUCGUAAUUUCAGAUGAUAGUGAUACACGAAACUCAUUGUUAGAAUAUUUCGAGUCAUUAAUUAGACUUUGAGUUUAUUAAAUAAAUAGUAUGUACAUACAUAUGUAUGCAAAUUUUCAGUACAAAAAUUCCUUUAUUUUAAUAUGGUGCUUAUCAUAACUUUGCUACACUCACAUUUUGACAAGAAUUGACUAUUCAUUUUAUAUAAAUCCAAGUACAAAUAUUUACGAAAGUUUGUUGGUUUCUUUUUAAAUGUUGCACAAAUAUUGAAACUUGGAUUUAUACGGGUAGAAUAAAC